CUGAGUUCCUCCAGCAGUUUGUUUUUGCUCCAGAUUCCAGCAGCUGCAAUCUCUGGUGUCUUCAUUUGCAACCAUGUUAGAAAUUCAGAAGAGAGAAGUCAAGGGAAUCAUAUAAAGCAGCAGGCUCAAGGCGACAGGAGGUGUAUUUGUUGCCUGCAUUCCAGGUCCAUUAUAGAAAAUGGCAGUCAAAUGUUCAUCGCGACACACAGCUGAGUCGGAUAUCAGGGACCAACAAGAGCUCCCAAUCAGCCAAAUGGAGAGCAAGUGGUUUGCGAGCAGUGAAAACAAACGCUGUAUGAAGAUGUCUCUCCCAGUGAAAGUUUUAACUGAGGGAACAGCAAAACAAGAAAUGGAUAACAAUGGCAGCAAAUUUUCUUACAUUGCUCAGGCAACAGGUAUAGGGAAUCAGAAGCUCAUACCCAGUUGCGAGAAGCCGCAAUUCAUAGCCACACCUAACAGUUACAGUAAUCGUGCAGAAAGAUUGAACUUAGAAAAUGUCCCAAACAAUGUGGCAAAAGUGGCUGAAGGGAAGCUGCCUCAGCUGCAACAGGACCAGCAGCUCAAUAAAUAUCCCAGGAGAAAACGUAGGAGGAGAAAAUCCAAGCACAAGGCCAAAGCUUCACAAAAGCAAUCAAAGACCCCCGAGCAAGAGAGCUGUCCCCCAAUACCAGUACAAGAAGAUGACGCUGAAAACAGCACCUCUGAUUUUUGCAGCAGCACUUCAAGCAGCAGUAGCAGCCGUUGUGAACUUGAACAGAUGCACAUUAGUGCUGCCCAUAGAGAUUCCCAUGGAUUGUGUGGAUUGGGCCUACAGAACCGAUUACGGGAAGAUGAAAAAAUUGAAAAUAUGUACUUCAAUAUCAAACACUUCAGUGAUGGAGUUAAGAAGUCUAACGUCAGACCCAUUCCUUCCUCGGUCAUGAAAAGUGGCGGUCUCAUGCAUAACAUGGCAGAGAAUUUUGAGCGGAAAUUACAUUUGAACUUAACGCCACUGCCUCAAUUGAAGCAGGUUGAUGUGGAUGGGGGACACAAAAAGCAAGAAAUUUCUUUUAAUAAUAAUGCAGCCAUGCUCUACAUCAAUGAUGUGGGAGGGGACACUGGAAUACGUAUUCCUGAUUCAAUAAGUGCAGAAGAGACCUCUCCACCACAGUUCUCUGCCUUCCAAUCCAGUGCGAGCAAGGGAUAUGUCAUCUCUGACAACUUAAGGUGCUUGACAAUGCCAGCACUACAAUGGGCAAAAUACUCAGAAGGGUGGAAACAAAGUGAAAAGCUUCCAGAAAACAAUGAGGGCGUCCUUCAACAUGAGAGACUGAAGCCUGUGGAUAAUCAAUAUAAAGAAAACUUGCAGUGGUCAAUCUGCUCCAAUCGUCUGGGAGUUGGAACCUUUGGGGAGGUGUAUGUGGCAAAAGAUCAUACCACUGAUUUCACCUGUGCUGCUAAAAGGAUUCAUGUGAGCAAGUUCCAGCCACAGGAGUUGUUGAAUUGGAGCAAGUUGAACUCUCCACGAGUUGUUCCACUAUACGGAGGAGUACGGGAGGGGGAGAUGAUAACUCUGUUUAUGCAGCACGUUCAAGGUGGAUCAGUGGCACAGCUAAUUGGGAAUAGAGGGCCUCUUCCUGAAGCUGUGGCUCUGUAUUACACAAGCCAUGUGCUAGAAGCAUUAGAACAUCUGCACUCCCUUGGAAUCGUACAUGGAGAUGUUAAAGCGGAUAAUGUAUUGAUAUCACAUAGCGGUCGAGAGGUUUACCUCUGUGACUUUGGACAUUCAACACAAUUAACUCCAACAGGAAACAGUACAUCAAAUGCAGGCAGUCACUGCCUGGGUACAGUGACACAUAUGGCACCAGAGGUGGUUGCAGGCAGUGAAUUUGGUGUCAGGGUAGAUAGCUGGAGUGUUGCUUGUAUGAUGCUGCACAUGUUAAAUGGCCAUCAUCCCUGGAAGAAUAUAUCAACAAAGCAACUGCUACUUAAGAUUGUGACACAGGAUCCUCCAGUGAAUGAAAUACCACCUGCAUGCAGUCCUCACACAGCUAAUGUGAUCAGGGCUGGUUUAAUGAAAAACCCAGAGUAUAGAGCUAGUGCAUCUGAACUUCAUGCAGCAGUGAACAGAGCAUUGACAUCUUUAAGACAACGAAUUAAGAGCACUCCUCAGAGUAAUCAUGUUCAGAAAGUAAGUUGUGCUGCUAAGUCAGAUGAUGGCAACAAUAAAGGUUUAGUGACUUCACUGCCAGUAAAUCAGAAUGCAAGAUCCUGCACCACCAAGGGCCGGGCUCCUCUUCAAUCAGAAACAGUGCCAGCUGCUCGGGACCCAAACAGGCACCGUCUCUGCUACCCGAAAAGAGAUCCACUCAAUGCGAAUGCAGUGGGUGCAGUGGAACCUCUAAUUGAGAAAAAUUCACCGCAAGUGUACCGAAGAAAACCAAAAAAUUGUAUCAGACUGGCCUGUAACUUUGACCAGCUACAUUUGCAAGAUGAGAACAUUCGUUUCCCAGAAGAAGUGACAAAACCUGUCAGUGAUGAGAAGGAUCCAUCUCUUCCUUCACCGCUGAUGUCACUGUCUUCAUUCCAGAAUAGCGAGGCAGAGAAGAAACUUGCAGAGGAAUAUGGGAACCUGCAAAAAGAAUUUUUACUUUAUAACCUCUCCCAAGUAUUCCCAGAAAAGUUGGAGGACCACAUGUUGGAUGCAUUAAGCAGUGAUGCAUAUAGCACAAUGGAUGACUACGACAAGGAUUCCCAAAAAGGAAUGCCCAGUCUAAGUGGUAACUACAGUUCUGGAAUUCACUCAAUGUCAUGGAAUAGUCACACUGAUGGACUUAGCACCAGCUUUAGCCUCAGUCAACGACUAGAUCACCAGCAAGAUAUGCCAAGCCUCUUUAACGGUAUUGAAGCCAGAAUUCACACAUUCAGUGGGGAGUGUCUGAUUGUCCAUGAUGUGCGAAGAGCUACAGUUGGUCAGGUGGCCACUGGAAUUAGUAAUCUGAUCCAGGUCCCAAGUUUCUCUCUAGUGAAGCAAAAUGGACAUCCUAUUUCUCCAGACUUUGAAAUCCCAGAUUCUGGAAUUGACCUGAAAUGCACUCCUGCUUCCAACUCCAGCAGUUCCUGGACCUGGAGAAUUAAGGAUGGAAACCUUAAUUUCAAAUCUUAAAGCUUUUUAUUUAAACCUUCUGGAUCCCAGAGAUUUGAUUUUUCAUUUCAAUUACUUAAGGCUCAGGUUCCUUCAACUCAUUUGGACACCAAAACUACAAAACCAGACCAAACCAUAAGAAGAUUUCACUGUUCACCAUUCAAAGUUGUUAAAUUGAAUUAUCUCAUGUAAAUGCUAAGUUUCAAGUUUGGCUUGCCCAUAACAUGGCCCACUCACCUUGCUACUUAUAACUGCAUUUUUCAGGAUUGGUAAAGUUCAAACAGUUGAAUGACUUCACUGAAGUGAAUGGAAUCUCUUUUGCAUUAGUAGGGAAAAUGACAUAGCGGUUUAUUUUCAUGCGAAUAACCAAAUUAAUUUAAAACACUUAGAGGUUGAAUUUCCAACAGGAGUCUUCCUGUUAUUAAGGGUUUUAAUUGACCUGUGUGGAAGAGCUCUUCACUGGUGGCAGGAGAGGACUUAGAUUUGACAGGAAGGCUGAGAAUCUGAGGAUAUGGAUUUAGGGUAGUUGGCACAGUAGAAAGGAGGUGAUCUAUUUAAUGCAGAAACUUGUUUUGCUACUUGAACAAGUGGUGAAAGCAGAUUCAGUCAUAACUUUCAAGGGCAUAUCAACCAACUACUUGAAGGGGUUUGCAGGACUAUGAGAAACAUGGGUGGUGGGACUAAUUGAAAAACUCUUUCAGAGAGUUGCAAUGGGUAUGGUGGGGCAAACAGCCUCCUUUCAAGUUUUAUAAAUCCAUGUGUAUCUCUUGUAAUUGCAGCAGAAGAUCAUAGAAGCUUAAUAAAAUAUUCUGCUAAUUUUCCCUAAAGUCUCCUAGUGUAUUUACGCAAUAGAAAGUAGCAGGUAAAUUGAUACUUUACAGCUUCUUCAAACUUGGGGACUUGUCACCAACCAUUAGAAGCACUGAAGCAUUAACAAAAAGAGUGCAAAGUGGCACUAUACAUUGAUAGAGUCACUUACAAAGUUGAAAUCCUGUAGCAAGUGCCUGUGAAAUUCACACUGAACUGUUCAGUUGAGCUUUCACGAUAUUUGGCAUCUUAGCUAAGAUCUCACUGUUCAGCUAUAAAGACCAGCCAUUUUCCCCAUGAACUCUGACAUAAACUCUGUCGAGAUGGAUUUCAACUCCAGUUUGUUCAUGAGUUUUCAAAGGAAUUUUGAGCCAAUACUAUCUUUCUGUAACUGACUGAAUGUAUUUUGUAAUAUAUUCUAAAUACAUCUAACCAUAAUAAGCUUUGAAUGUAACAUUUGAACAAUGUUCUUCUUAUCUAGUGUGUCAUUUAGCACCACAGAGAAACAGAUAAUAUUUAAUUAUUUCAAAACAUAUCCAGACUAAAGGAGGUAUUACUCGAAGCAAUUGCAGUAAUCUGAGCAUAAUGGGACUUUAGCCGCUUUAGGCUGUUCUUGUAUUUUCUGUUGAAGGUGUCAUUAACUUUAACACCGGUGGUCCAGAUAUUAGUUGACUCUUCUCUCUCCUAUCCUCAUCCUGCUGAUGGGCCUUAAGCCAGAUCAUAGCACAGUGUUCUGUGGGCUCUGUGGAAGCUGAAGAACAAAACUAUUGGCUACCACUCAGAGUUAGCCAUCCUGUUGAAAGUGGCAAGGAUUGAGACAUUCAAUCCCAUGUGGUGUCAUAGUGAUGUGCUCUUUUCUUGUGGAAAAAGUUGCCUUUUUGUUAGCUGAGUUACAAGCUGGCAAAACGGUGGUGCUAACAUGGCAGGAUUGUCCUGAUCAUCUGCCCAUUCAAAGGUAGAACUUAAACUUUUAAGAACUUUAGGAAGUCAGAGUGACACAUAAAAAGAAGCUAAAAGGUCCUUCCACCUAGCUUCAAAAUAAUAGACAACCUAACUAGAGGUUUCAGUGACCUGUGGGCAGGGUAUUUUUAUUCCCUGAAGUUUGUACUGAUUCCAGGACUAACAUGUAACUUUUCUUUCCUUUGUCAAAGUGGAAUUGUUAAACUGCAAGACAAUUGGACAUUAGGACUUGAAUGAAAAUUUCCAGUUUUAUCUGAUGAAUAUUCUUGUGUGCUUUAGUUUGCAAGGCUUGAGAGAGAAAGAGAGAGAGAGAGAGAGAGAGAGAGAGAGAGAGAGAGAGAGAGAGGACUACGUAAAUAUUGAGAUUACAUCACAGAUUUGUGGUAGAUCUUGGAUCUACUGAAAAUGAAGUGCAGCUGCUUAUAUUUGUGGUGCUAUCUGACAACAGGUCAUUUAAAUCAGUGGUGCUGAACUCUGGUCAAUGCCACUAAUGGCUAAAGCAAAACAGUAUUGGCUCACUGUUAAAGGACUGGUAGAUGCUCACAACCCUUGCAUCUGUUUUGAUUAGAAGUGGAAAACAAUGCUAUUGCAAUUGGGUUCAAGCUUCAGGUUGGGUGCAGGAGGCAUAUUUUCACGUAAUUUUUAGAAAAUAUAUGUGUGUUUGUGGUUGUAUUUCUUGUGUAGAAUACUAUUCUAAUAUUAUAUUAAUGUAAGUUUUAUUCUGAAGUAGUAUCUUUUAAUGUGCUAAAGGAAACUAAAUAAAUGACAUGCCAAGUAAUGGUUUGUGUAUGCAAAACUUCUGUAUGGAGGAUGCAAAUAGUGAAAUGGUGCUGCCAGUUAAGAAUGUGAUGCAAAGUAAAUACAAAACUUACAAAAAGGCAGCAAAAUGCCAUAUGGGCUUCUUUACAUGCCAGACUGAUUGCAUAAUUUAUGGACUUGAUGCACUUCUCUUGGGUGUAAAUUAAAAUUUUCAUACCAUCCAAGAUCUGUUUAGUCCAAAGUUAUCAAAAAGGAGUUAUUUCGAUUCUCUAGACAUAAAGAUAACAGUCGACAAAAACCUGGUAAGUUCUUAAAGAACUUAUACAUUGAUAAUAAAGUAUGUAGAAGGAUAAUGUAUCUUAACAUCAGCCGAGUAUUGGGCCUUCUGGGCAGAGCUGGCCAUGGAGGCUGGAAGUUAAGGCCUUUGGUGGCUGUCAUGUGAAGUAUGCAUUUUCCCGAUGAAAAAAUUAAUCUGAGAAACAAUGUAUUAGGCUUCAGUGUAGCACUAAACAGUUAAUAACAAUUUAUAAUACAUUUCUGCUAGAGUAAUACUAAAUUGAAGAACGUCUGUGCAAAAGAAAAGCUUGCCUGAUUUUCGUCAAUCCAGUGUGUUAAUAUGCACUCAUCUCUGGUACAAUCUAUGGUUAAAGUAGAUGUGUCAUUUAUGUAAAAGCAUUGUUAUAUUGUUAAUUUUAUGACCCCUUGUAAACAAUAAGACACAUUUUCUAAAUAAUCAACAUGGUUAUUAACAAUGCAAACUAUAGUUGUAAUACUACAAUAUGGUUAUUAUAAUCUGGUGUGCAUUGCCUGAAAGGAUGAUGGAAGCAUAUUCAAUAAAUUUCAAAAGAUAACUGAGUGAGUGUUCUGAAAAAAGAUCUUCCUUUCAUAAUGUGGAAUGGAUCUUUCAGAGAUUCAGCACAUCUGGUGGGUGAAUAACCUCCUGUGUGGUUAAAAUCCUAUGAAUCUAUUUUUAAAAGUUUUAAUUUAACUGAAGUGCUUUAAAAGGUGAUGUUAUGAAUUCAUGACAUAAUAUUGUUCUAACUGCUGGUAUCAAAUUUCUAAUCACCAAUCAUACAUUUUCAUGCAACUGAAUAAAACACAAUUCUAGACAUGCAUUUGAGAGUUCAAUUUGUACUGAUGUGCCUUAAUGUCGAAGUAAAGAAAUAACUUGAGACCAAUAAUAUCGCUCCAUUGGUCAUCAUUAAAAUGCUUAUGGCAAUAUUGCUUGGAAUGACUUUCCAUAUUUUUAAUUUAAUCUGCUGGAUGUAUACUACUGUUGCUGUCACAUUUCAAGUCCUUGCGCCAUGUGAAACCCUUUUUAAUGUAUCUUAAAAUGAUUAUGUUGCCGACAUGAAUGUACCUGUUGAUGACUAUGGCUAUAAUAGUUAAGAACAAUGUACUUUUUAAACAGUAAAAAUCUGUAAGAUAUUUAUUUCAUUUAUAUGAAUAAAUGAUGCUGGAAAAUGAAUGUAUUUUUAAAUUUCACGCUGUUCUUCUGAAAUGUUUCAUUGCAGUUGUGCCACAAAAGAAAAUAAUAAAG